UCUAUCGAAUUUUUUCAGUACUCUGUAAUCCACACGGAGCAACGACCCAUACGUAUUAGCUUAGGGGAAAUAUUUGUGUUCAAUUUUGAAAAGGAGAGAAAAGCCGCUGCUAGGUGAGAUACUGAAAUCUAAAUAGUAACCAAGCACAGAAGGCACUCCAUGAUGACCACACCCACCGACCAACCUCAACGGUUUGAUAGCGCCGAGAGCAACACCUCAGAAGAAUCCCCAACACAGCAACAGCAGAAUCAACCACAGCAACCUACAUCACAAAAUGUUCCAGUUAAGCUCUUACAGCAUUUUCAGACAAACCGCAUCGAUUCAGCGCUGUGGGCCCUGCGUCUACUUGUCAUCUUAUUCACCGUCAGCUAUGUGUUGCCCAUCUUCACUUCUCAACAGAGCGCAUUUAGCAAGGUCCUGAUUGCCAAUGCGGCGAUCUCUGCCCUGCGUUUGCAUCAGAGAAUCCCCGCGUUCUCCUUCAGCCGGGAAUUCCUUGCCCGACUGUUCGGGGAGGACUCGUGUCACUAUAUGAUGUACUCCCUGAUCUUCUUCAACAUCCGCCCAUCGCUGCUAGUUCUAAUCCCUGUGCUGCUCUAUUCGGUUCUACAUGCCUCCAGCUACUCGCUCAAGCUGCUCGAUCUGAUUGGCCAGAAUUCGUGGUGGGGUGCUCGUUUUACCAUAUCCAUUGUAGAGUUUCAGGCGGCCAAUAUUCUGAAAGCCACCGCUUUCUGCGAGGUCUUUAUCAUGCCCUAUGCAAUUGUGCUGACCUUCAUAAGCCACGCGGGAUUGAUGACCCCCAUUAUUUACUAUCACUAUCUGGUCAUGCGCUACAGCUCACGCCGUAAUCCCUAUCCGCGCACCGCUUUCGCCGAGCUUCGUAUAAUCUUCGAGGCGCUGGCUGCGCGAUCGCCGCCCGCUGUGGGCAAGAUCAUUCGCGGAGGCAUCGGGUUUGUCAACCGCCUUGCACCGCAGCCACAGCCGCCGUCCCCUGCGCAACAAUAAAAGACAAGUGGUUUUUUUUAUCUGACCUCAACUAAUUACUCCGGAAAAGCUUAUUUAAUACCAAUCCACUUAUAUAGACGUUAAGGUAUGACAGCGGGGUAUAUCCGUAUUAUUUGUUAGUCCAAAUUCAUUGCAGCAUUUGAAAGCUCGUAUUACACUAGUUUACCAAAUAAAAUCCAUGAAACGCCCUCACGCGACUGAUGACAAA